AAUAAUCGAGCUUAGCUUCUCAAUAAUCAAAACAACAGGAUCAUGCGCCCCUAGACGCCAUCACAUGCCUCCAAAACCGGCCUCUCAAAAUACCUCUCUAUAUAUACCAGCUUGCUUUCAUAAUCUCUUCUACUCUCAUCUUCUAACAACAUUCAUUCACUAUUAAUUCCUCAAGAACCCAGAAAAGCCUCUUGUCACAAAGAAAAAAUCUUGGUAGUUUUCGAUUUCUUGGGGACGAAAAUGGCUUACGAGAUUCGAAAGGGAAUGCAGAAAAGACCGUCGGUGCUUCAAGGUGAUCAGCUUUUCUUGAAUAGAAUUAUUUCAAGGAAUUCAACAGUGGGUUGUUCUUCUCGUGUUUAUUACUACCGAAGCUCGGAAGGUAUUCCAUUUGAAUGGGAAAUGCAACCGGGGACGCCUAAAGAUCCGCCGAAAGAAGAAGCUCUUCCACCUCUCAGUCCUCCACCGGCGGUGAUCAGCUUAGGUCUACCAAAACCAUGCAUUCUCAACCUAGAGCCAAAGACUCCAUCAAGGUCAAUAUGGCUAAUUAGGUUUUGGAAAAAAUGUAAGAAAAAUAAACAUAAGAUUUCGAGUAAGUUCGAAAAUAAUGUAGGUGGUGAUCUUCAGUCUGAUAAUAAAUAUUAUGAGAAGGAGGAGUUUUGUGGCUCCGACCACGAGUUCAUGGCUUCGCAGCGUCAUUCUAGCACUUCUUCUUCUUCGUCACCGAUGUCGUUUUCGAAUGGUUUUGAUAUGGAGUCUUCGUCAAGAAUGCGAAGUCCAGCUAGGGAUUCUUUCCGGAGGCCAUUGAGUUGCAGUCCAUGGAAUUUUAGCGCAAUUAUGGUUAGCAAUGCAAAGCGUGUUUGAUUUUAAUUUGAAAAUUUAAUUUUCUUUUAUAUGUAUUUGUGUUAGGUGUUGUUGGAUAUGAGAUUUUGUUUUGUGUUUGUAAUAUAUGUAUAUCAUAAAAGAAACAUAUAUAAAUGUGCUUCCUCUUCCUUAAUUAUAUCAAUCUGAUUGCUUUGGGAGAAACAAAAAAAAAAAAAAAAAAGAAGAAGAAGAAGCUAGCUUUAUGGUUUAUAUAGCAAAUUGAACCUUGUUUUCUCCAAGUGAUUAAUCUGAAAUCAAGUUUAUUGUAAUUAAUAUUUUGAAUAGUUGAUGCACUGGUGAAAAUGAAAAUUGCAUUGUUUGUAAAAA